AGUAGGGGGGGUUCUCCUUUGAGAGAGCGUCGCUUUAGAUCAGCAGCAGUAGCAGGGGCGUCUUAGUCUCUAUCUAAUUCUGAAUUUCAACCCAGCUAACAUGCGUCGCGAAGUCGUGGAGUCGGAGUGUGGGGACGAUUGCGCCCAACCGGGGGGUGGGCUCCGAUCGGAGGCAUCUCGGUUGAUAGACGAAGACGUGUCUGCGCCCACCGGCGUGAGGACAUGUGUGCGGCAUGAGGCGGGCGACGAAGCGCCCUGUCCGUCGUUCCGUACUGGAAAUAUAUGCCAGUGCUUGACGCGUGUUGCAGUAGGUAUGCGUAUGAUCGCUGUUGCAUUUCUCUUGGGGCUGGUCGCUAUAUGCUUCCACUUUCUGGUCAUGUCUUUUUCUUUGGUGCUGUCGAUUUCGACAAUUCUAGCGUCUGCGGCUUCGGGGUGUUAUGAUUAUCACACGACGGAGAG